AGAGCACACUCGUUGUACAGUUAGUGAAGAUGGUACGCACGUUACGAUAGUUUUGUGUGGUGCUGUGUUAAUGAAAAAUAACUUUUUGCCGCCGGAAUGUUCAGCGUCGGUCUUCUAUUAUUGACUUGUCUCUCAGCGGCAUCCCCGACCGGCGUGAGCGUGCUGUUCCCGGAGCUGAAGCGGUACUACUAUGUGGUGAAGAGCAACGUGUCCACGGGCACUGUGGACGGGGACACGUACUGGACGCUCGAGGGACGGCUGUGCGUCCACGUGUAUGAUAACUACUCCAGGGCGCGCCUGCAGUUGGAUGAGUUGAAUACUUCAGUGUACAGCCAGGAGGCGGGUUUCUCGUCGUACCAGUCCGAGGACGACGCCAAACACUUAGAGCUGCCUUGGGAAGUCGAAUAUGAGGAGGACGGUAUAAUCAAGGCGUUGUUCGUGGGCGACGAGCCGCUGUGGUCGACCAACAUCAAGCGCGCCCUCGCCGUCAAUUUCCAGAUCAAAACAGGAGCUGCUGUUAAUAAUGAGCCAUGUCUCUACGAGACGUGCACGAUGGUGUACACCGCAAAGGGCUCAGUGGUGAAGAAGUACACCACGCUCACCAGCAAGUCCCUUCUGGGCGGAGUGUCCUGGAGUUCAGUCCCGGGGUCUACAGACUACACCGUCCAUGUGCUGGACAACACGGCGACGGAGGAGAGGACGUACGAGUUCAACGCGGCCGGCCUCAACGACCUGGUCAUGACCUCCACCGUCCAGUACAGAGUCGACGCCCAUAUCCUCGCUGUUAAUGCUGAGUUGUCAAUGUACUUCGACUCCGACGCACCAGGCAUCAGCGUGGACAAGCUGAACGUGACUAAAACCUCGGUGCAUUACACCAAGGACUUCAAGGAUCCCACCAACGGCCUUAAGCCUUCGCUGCAGAGCGAGCUGAGGAACAGGACUUAUGAGAUUCUUUUGAAAAUCGCUACGAAGGGUAUCGACGCCGACAACAUUAUAAGGAAUGGGUCGUACAUACACAGCCUACAUUUUGUGGAGUUAUUAGACACAGUCUCCAGACUAUCGUAUCACACGUUGACGAAGCUGUUCGAGGAUCUAGUGCUGGGCACCAGCUAUGACCUGGAGACGGCCAGGAACAUAUUCCUAGAAGUUCUGCCGCACGCCAGAAGUGACGCUUGCGCGAGGUUCAUCAAACAUCUGGUUUUGGAGGAGAAGAGCAAACUGGAAGACGCGACAAUAAUCUCCAUGAUCAGAAAACUGCCGUUCAACGUUGCGAAUCUGAGUCAGAACCUCCUGGAAGAGUUGGAGACGUUCACCAAGUUGAGCCUCGACUUCCCUCAAACCAUCCGCCAUGCGGGGAUCCUGUCCUUCGCGGUGUUAGCCUCUAAGACAGCGGAGGUGGGCAGGACGAAACAGGACUACUUCGAUAACAUCGUUGUGAAAUACUUCAAGAUGUAUAAUGACUGUCCCCAAUACCUGGAUCGCAUGGUGUGGCUGCAGGGUCUGUGCAGCCUGGGCAACACCGCUGAGUCCUAUAUCCGAACCAUCUAUCGCGACAAGACCAGAAACCGCCGGGAGCGGCUGUGGGCGUCCCUGGCUUGUGCGCAGGAGACCAGGGGACCGGAUGAAUUACGAAGGCGUAUAACGGUCCUGGAAUCCUACCUUCCGAUCCUCACGGACGAGUCCGAGCACAUCCAGCUCCGAGUCGCCGCCCUCCACUCCAUCCUGAGCGAGGACAUCGGUGCCAACGACUUUCUGUUCAUCCACAACUACAUCACCAGCUCCAACUGCAACACCCUCAAGCGGUUCUGGUACUCCACCGUCAAGAGCUUGGAGAGCAACAAGUAUUUCAGCGAAUAUAAUUCUGCAUCAUACUACGUGCCGUUCGUAUCUAAGCAAGUGAGGAACCCGGACAGCACGUACUGGGCGACGAACAACUACAUCGUGUCGAGCGAGGAGAAGCUCGGAGCGUGGGUGCAGAUGAUGAGCGUGGGUGGGGAGCCGAUACCCACCUUUGCGGGGUUAAGGGUUUCCACUCCCGGAAGGAGGCCGUAUCAGGCUGCUAUCUACAUGAUCACUGAAGGCGUAUCAUCCAACCUGUUCAAUAAGUUAUUCAACAACAAGUCCAAGAAGGGGCACGUGGAGCAGCUGGUCCACAUCAUGGAGAAACUGAAGGUCAACCUGAAGUCACAGGAAGCGGUCCACAUAGACAUCGUAAUGAAGAUAAACGACAAGACUGUAUUCGCGACGCACGUCAACCAGACGCGCUUCGAAAGCUGGAACGGCCAUGAAGUGACCAAGUCAAUAAUGGAAUUCCUUCGCUUCGGUAGUCACAUCAACCAGCAAAUCGUGUACUACCCUGUUCAACUGGACGUCCAUGAGCACACGGCUUUGGGCACACCAAUCCGGUUCCAAUCGUCAGUUGUUGCUUUUACAUCAGUGAGAGGAAAUUUGACGGCGCCACCAGAUCCUAAAGACGAUCUGGAUUGGGAGAAUGAUCUCCACAUAAGAUACCAGGGUACAUCGGUGACGUCGCUGUCGACGUUCGCGCCGCUGCUGUCGUCGGAGCACGUGGUGCGGCUGCAGCGCUCGUUCGUGGCGCACCUACCCAUCAAGUUCAACGUCACCGUGCAGCAGGCCACCAAGUCCACCGCUCUGACAUGGCGGAACCCGUUCGCGCAGCGUGCGGGCAUGGCGCUGCAUUCGCGAGUACAGCUGGAGGUGAACAGCCCGCGCGGCCGCGACGCCCACACCCUCGCGCCCGCCAACACUGAUAUAUCUGACGAUGACGGUAUAUUCUUCGACUGCGAGCGCAAGAUCUCCGGCGGUGAAGUGCUGGAGAAGUAUCUCCUCUCCAAGUUCGUCAGCUACGACAUCCUGCCCACCCACCAGUCCAUCCUUAACAACAUAGAGCGGUUCAUCUCGUCGCCCGCGUGCGGCGUGAUCGUGCCCCCGUCGCGGCCGGCGCUGGACGAGGACGAGGUGAUCAGGGUGCGGCUCAGCCUGGGUGACGUCUCCUGGACCAGGGUGGACCGCAUCGAGCUCAACUUCGGCUUCCUGCUGAGCUAUUAUAGCCUAGUAGAACAAAACGAGGGAGUCUACCUGAAGAUGGACUCCAGCACCAUGAUGCGCAGCGCCGGCCGCAACGUCAGCAUCGACUGGCGGCUGUACGUCGAGCAGCCGCACGCCGGACCCGCCGAUAGGUUCCUCAAGCUGUGCUUCUCACUGCAAGACAUAAGCCACGCCUCCGAGACGCAAGACAUAGCUGCUCAUCCCGCGUCGUACGAGGGCCGCACCACCAUCGCGUACAGUGCGACCCCCGAGUUCCAGGACUGCAGCCAUUCGGACGGCAGCCGCGUCACCAUGUUUUACACCGGCACGCCGCAGAACGUGAACGGGGAUAUAGAGAGACUCGUCCGAGUGAACAUACUGGGAGAGAAGCUACACAGGUUCGGUGUCCUGUCCCACACGGAGCUGGGUGACACGCCGGUGUCCCAGCUGCUGGGCAGCUUCGACAAGGACACCAUCAACACCACCGCCGUCAUCAAGGAGAAACACGGCAUGGCAUCGAUUAGCGUGAACGCGGGCGCCGAGAUCCAGUUCGAGGUGGAGAACUUCGGCUGGAUGAUGGACAGCCUCACCUCCAUGCAGCUGAUGAAGCGGUUCGGGAUCUACCGUGAAUGCCGACUCCAGACGUCGACCAUCCAGACGCUGUCGGGCACCGUGGAGCAGCUGCAGCCGCUGGCGUGCACUGAGCGCCUCGUGCUGGGCGACUGCUCCGAGAUACCCAGCUUCGUCAUUUUGCGUGAUAAAAACGGAGAGCUCGUGAUCCACACGGCGGCUGAAGGAGACGCGAAGAAUUCGAGCCUGCAUCACGUGCCGCACGAAGAGCGGUACCUGUCCCCGGCCUCCGGGGUGAUAGUGUACAAGAUGCGCGCGGAGACCGUGGUGCUGGUGCCGUCGCCGUACCUCCCGCACCUGUGCGGCGAGUGCGUCAACAACGACAACAAUAAAUACUGCUAUAACCAGUAGCGCAGGUGUUUCAUUACUGCCCGUGUAGUGUAGUGUAGUGUAGUAGGAGCGCCACCUGCCCCGGCCUUCGGGAUGAUAGUGUACAAGAUGCGCGCGGAGACCGUGGUGCUGGUGCCGUCGCCGUACCUCCCGCACCUCUGCGGCGAGU